CCCCUAAGGUUCCUAUCUAACAGUUAGAGUUGGCUGUUGUCAGUUUGAUCCCAUAUAGAUCUUAAAAGAACAUAAUGCUCAAGGCAGCCUCCAACUAUGAUCUUAACGUUUCAUAAUAAUUGUUUCUUUUACUCUGUAUCAGCAAAGGCACUUGGAGUUGCAACUCCCAGAAAACCUGUUUUAUCUGUCAGUGCAAGAAAAAUUAAGGACAAUGCAGCCGAUUGGCAUAAUUUAAUCCUGAAAUGGGAAUCCCUCAGUGAUGCAGGUUUUGCUACUGCAAACAAUAUUGCCAACCUGAAGAUCAGUUUAUUGAGUAAAGACAAGAUAGAGUUAGAGAGCAGCAGCCCAGCUUCCGAUAAAAAUGAAGAGAAGCCGUAUCCGGAAUGUAAUAAGGAACUCGAGAUGCUGUGUGAGGAAUUGCAGGCCACCUUGGAUGGGUUGACCAAAAUACAGGGGAAAAUGGAAAAGCUGACUUCAACCACCAAAGGCAUUUGUGACCUAGAAAAUUACCAUUACGGAGAGGAGAGCCAACGGCCACCCCUGUUUCACACGUGGCCCACCGCCCAUUUUUAUGCGGUUUCCCGCAGGCUCUCGGACAUGUACAGGAAGGAGCUGCUCCUGAAGCGCACCAUUGUCGAGGAGCUGGCGCACUCCUCGGACCACGACCUCGCCCUGAGCUACCUGUCAAUGUGGCUGCACCAGCCAUACGUGGAGAAUGCCAGCCAGCUGCUUCUGGAAGGCAUGCUGCUCGAAACAGGGCACCGAACACUGUGACCCCAAAACAGCCUCGCUUGUGAGGGCCACCUCCAGCCGCUGGACCAUUUGCUGCUCCUGCAUCUCCCAAAGUGGACAGGCCAGGAUCCCCUUCUCCCAUGCAGGCUGCACUGCCAUGUCCAUGACUCCUCAGGGUCUUCCCGACUGGCUGUCCCCCAGCUCCCGUGCUCUGUCCCCAUGCUUGCUGUGCACCGAAUGCUGCUGCAGGCCGCCCCCAUCUAGGGCCAUCGCACACAGCAUCACCUGCUUCUCUGGUGAUCUGUCCCAGAGUGCUUCUGAGUGAAAUAAAUGAGUUCCUGAGCACAGCGAGUGAGGGAUACUGUUUUUGUAAACUGGGUAUAUUUUACAUAUUACGUUUGCACAGAAAAUCCCUGGCUUAACGUUUUUAUCUGAUAUGUGUCUGUACUAUUUAAAUUUUUAUGAUGUUAGUUUUGUAGUUACAACUAAUUUUUAAAAUACUGUGGCAUUAACCAAGAAGACUGGCAUCACAGAAAUGAAAACUACCUACAAAAAAAUUGCCUCUUUGUACACUGGGGACAAGUGAGGCCAAGCAGAGAAUCUUCAUGUUAUUAUUCUGGCACAAAGCUUAUAGUCUGGCACAUUUUUGCAACCAUUUCCAUGGUUAACAUUAUUUUGUUAGAAUAAGGGAAAACAUAACAGUUUUGAAACAGACUGAA